AUGUUAUUGGAGAUAAAUUUGCACUGUUUUCUCCUUUUUUGGAGUUCUUUUCUGACUGUGGCAGCAUUUCAACCUGCACCAAACCGAUACAGCCUCUACUCUGGACCCCAUCCACAGUACAUCUCAGCAAAACCAACAGCCAGGCAUAAGAACCACUGUGCAUAUGUUGUGGAGAAGACUGUCUCGUUCACUAUUCAGGAUGGAGCAACUCCCUUCAUGAAGCCAGAGUACAACAAGUGUGCUUGGGGUCAGAAAUGCCCAACUAUAAAGUAUCGCAUGUACUACAAACCCAUGUAUAAAGUUGCAUAUAAGACUCUGACAGAGCUGGAGUGGAAAUGCUGUCCUGGAUAUGCAGGUGUUGGUUGUACUGCGGUAUAUGCAAUGAAAGCAAGGCCCCUAUUCAAAGGACCACUGCCCGCACAGAAGGGCCCUAUGCCUCGUUUUAAAGCGCCCAUGCCAAUGCAGAAGGGUCCUAUGCCUCCUUUUAAAGGGCCCAUGCCAAUGCAGAAGGGCCCUAUGCCUCCUUUUAAACGGCCCAUGCCAAUGCAGAAGGGUCCUACGCCUUCUUUUAAAAGACCUAUGCCAAUGCAGAAAGGUCCUAUGCCUCCUUUUAAAGGGCCCAUGCCUGCACUGAAGGGUCCUAUGCCUUCUUUUAAAGGGCCCAUGCCUGCACAGAAGGGCCCUUUGCCUUCUUUUAAAGGGCCUAUGACUGCACAGAAGGGUCCCAGGCCUAUGCAGAAGGGUCCAAUGCCUUCAUUUAAAGGUCCCAAUCCCUCUCAAAAGGGUCCAGUGCCUUCAUUUAAAGGCCAAUUUCCCCAUCCCAGUUUCAAUGGAAACCCCUGGAAUCAACCUCAAACACCACCUAAUGGCAUGAAUGAAUACCUAGGCCCUAAUACUGGUCACUCUUCCCGAGAUACCUCAACUGAAGCUUCUCCAGACCACCAGGAACCGGAAGUAGAUUAUCCUGAACCCAUGCCAGAGCCUCAAGAUCUUGGCCAUGAUUUAAUCCCAGAAGAGAAUGAGCCAAUCACAGACUACCAGAAUCCACAGCCAGAUCACUAUAGUUCCAUACCAGAACAUAGUGAGACAGAGCCUGUUCCCAAUGCACAGGCGCCCUCUGGUGGCAGUGAAACAAACCAAGAUCAUGAUGACAACAGUAUCGAAGAUGAGCGGUUGGAUAGGAUAGAAGAGGAUGUGCAGCGACUCUCUCUUGGUCUAGAGACUCUCCGUGGUACAGUGACAGGCCUGGAGGACAGCUUGCGUGCUUCCCUCCGUGAAGACGCCAACCGAAUGUUGACUGCACUCAUUUCUGCAGGACCCAGCCCUAUUGCCGCUCCUUCCCUGUCCAGGGACACUUCCGUGGGUUUCGGAGAUCUGCCUGGAGGUGCACCAGAUAUUGAGGGUUCAGAUGUGGUGGGGCAGUUCCCAAAUUUGGUCGAUUUGGCUGAAAAGGUUUCAGAGCUACGAGCAGAGCUUGUGGCAAAGGCAUCUGAGCUUGAAGAGUUGAGAGGAGUAGUCGUGGGUCACAACAAGACCCUUCAAAGACUGUCAAAUGGGUCAGUAAACCUUACACAAACUCACUUUCAAAAGGCCCUGGAGACAAUGGUGGAGUCCAAAAUGAGUGAAGCUCGGGUGGCCAUCUUAGAUGGCUUUGAAAAGCGUGUGGAGAGUGCUGAGGAGCGAUGCGAGGGACGUAUGGCAGAGGUGCGCCUCCAGUGCAAGGAGGAACGUUUGGAUGGACAAGAGCAAAUUGAGCAAGUCCUAGACAUAAGGGCCGUAGGAUUGAGGACAGAACUCCAAAAACUGCAGGCUCAGCUUCGAGAUCUGGAGCCUGAAGAGGGUUGCUGCAUUGCCAUAUCAGGUCUAACUGAAAGGCUAAUUCAUGUGGAGCAGUCAGUGGGUGGCUUGAAUGAGUCCCAAAUGAAUUUACGUGCUGAACUUGGUGGACACAAGGACCAUAUAGAGGGCAUCUUGGAGGGCCGACUGGGCUAUGUGGAAUCCAAGAUGAACAUUGCAUUAAAUCAAGAGGAAGCAAGCAUUAACAAAAGAGGGCCAAGCAACCUGGAGGUGCAAUUGGAAUGGAGGCUUAAAGCUCUUGAAAGUCAUCUUUUGGCUGCAGUGGAGGAGCUAGGUAAUGUCACAGCACCAACUUUACUUGAGGGUCAGGCUGUGCCCACACUGGAGACAGAAGUAGAAUCGCUCAGAAGAAGAGUUGAGGAUGAUUUGGACCGCUUACAGAAACAACAAAAAUCCAUAGAGGUCAUGUGCACGUCAUCUUGUGUUCCACAGCCUGUUCUUACAGGAUAUGUCGCUCCUUUGGGAACUGAGGAUGAGGCAAGUGAGGACAACCACAAGGAAAUGAAUGGGAAACUUGAUUUACAAGUAGAGAGAUUGAACUACCUCAACGCCACUCUGCAUAAUCUUCUUAUAAAGUUGGCAGAGAAACAGGAGGAGGCAGGUCUUCAGGGUGAGGUGACCCUGCUGAAAGUUAGCGUGAACUCCGUUAACAGGUCUCUCUGUGGCUUGCAAGAGUCUCUCGGCUCUGUGAUCAGAGAGGUCGGCCAAACCAACCUCACCUGGCAAGAAAGAGAAGAAAGGCUUGCGCAGCAGGUGAAGGGUGUGGUUCAGCUGGUGGGACGACAGGCAUCUAUGCUGGGUACUGGGGAGCGAAAGUUGACCCGUCUGAAAGGGGAACUCCAGGAUCUGCGGCGCAGAGUGGCCGGAGAGCUCCAGGGUUGCCGUUCCACUGCUCUGGGUGUCCAGAAGGAGGUGACUGAAGUUGGGGGUCGUGUUGCUCGAGUGGAGGGUCAGUGUGGAGGUCUGGCACAUCUGGCUGACGACCUAGAAAGAAUUCGAGGAGAGCUGGAGAGACACUCUGAUGGGUAUCUGUCUCAUGUAAAUAGCACCCUUGUUAACCAUUCUCAUCAGCUGUCUGAGCUCAGAGAUAGCAUCCAAAACUGCACUGGACCAUCUGGGUCUACUAGGAUAGCUGGGGACAAUUUAGCUGCAACACACCAAAUGGCAGAACAACACACAACAGAACCGGCUCAUCCUAGAGGAGACCAGUUUGCAGUCCCCACACAGUACAGAGGUGACCAGUAAUUCAAGUGCACUUUAUAACGUGCAGACAGUCUUUACUCACAGAUACUAUUAUAUAGUAUCUUUCUCAGGAGACUGUU